GCUACUGCUGACCAGAUAUCGAAGCUGAGCCGAUGCCUUAGCUUCGACCGCCAUAGCAACAACGUCGCAGCCUUUGGGUGAAAAUCGCGAUUGCUCGAAAAUGGAGGUUGCAGGGAGGAAAGUUCCAUCGCCGAUAUUUGCGACUAAGGAUAAUCCUGCAGCUGAUCCCCGUCAAAUGAGGAGGAUUAUAGCUGAAGAUCCUGACUGGAGUCUAGCCACUGUUCCACUGCUUACAGAACUCUGUGUGAAGCAUAUAGUGCAAAAUUUUGAAGAUAACCCAGUUCUUGAUGAACUCCUUCCAAAGCAUAAGUUCAAAGUACUUGAAGCCUUGUCAACGGAAAUUGCCAUGAAAGUUACUGCUGGACUGGUUUCUGAUGAAGGAUAUUGGAAAAGAUGUUGUAAAGCACGAUGGGAAGUUUGUGAUAUCAACAAGAAUGGAAACAGUUGGAAGAGGAUGUACUUUGAAAGGAAUUUAGAAGGUCUCAUUGAAAAUUUUGUCCCAGAAACCACAGACCAAUCUUUGUUGAAUGAAACCCUUAAGUUGUCAGCCCCAUAUGUGAGAGGAUUAAACAUCAAACAACUUCUUCCUCCUGUAAAAGAAGCUUUAAUCAAAGAUGAUGACACCUCAGAUGCUGGGAGUGAUGCCGGACAGGAUGGUCCAAACAUUGAUCAUUUUGACUUUGGCCUUAUCACACCAUCACUAAUACAUCUGGAAGAACUUCAUUUGACUUAUGGUGUUCGUGAUUGUGGAAUGAACUUUGAAUGGAAUUUAUUUCAGUUUACUGCCAGAGAUUGUCUUCUUCUGGCUAAGGCAGUGAAGGCAUGUCACACAUUAAAAGUCUUCCACCUCCACAGAAGUGGUGUGGAUGACGAGAAGGUGCGAGUUUUAAUCAGUCAUGUAUUGGACCAUCCCUCUCUUCUUACUUUAGAUCUUUCCCAUAACAAGAUUGAAGACAGUGGUGCACGAGCGGUUGGUAAGUUACUGAAUGGUCGAUGUAAUCUCACCACGCUAAACCUUUGUGACAACAAAAUACGAUCGAUUGGUGCUGCCGCCAUAGGACACGCCCUGGGGAAAAAUACCACGCUAACUUGCAUUAAUCUCAGACUAAACAGAUUGGGAGAUGAUGGUGGUCAAGCAAUUUGUCGCACUCUGUUUAAAAACAACACCCUCACGCAUGUUCAUCUUGGAAGUAACGAUCUUGGUGAACCAACAGCGGCUAUUUUGUCACAGGUUUUAGCUGCUAACAAGACUUUGGUGGAUAUUAACUUGUCGUGCAACACAAUAGGACCGGAUGGAGGAAAGUCAUUACAAGAAGGAAUGGAGGAAAAUACCACGAUACAAACCAUGGACCUAAGACUAACAGAAGUAGGACAAGAAAAUGAGUAUUGUAUAAACCAAUUACUAAAAAGAAACAGAGAAGAAAAAUACAGACAAAGUCAGACAAGUUAAUUUAGUUCUUGGAGAACAAAUGGAGUUUGAUUCGCCGAAUACGUUUAAAAUUGUGUACGGUCACAUGAAGUGCUCACAAUACCUUUAGAUAUUUAUCUCUCAAACGAAAAGCUCAGAAACUACAUAUCAAUCUUAGUUUCAUUGUUUUUUUUUGUUUUUUUUUUUCAUUCGGAAACUCUAAGGUUUUAUUUGAAGGGGUACCUUUUGUAAAAUACCUGUUUAAAUAAUAUUAAUGUUGUAGUAUGUCAGAUUGACACAGUGCUUCUUUCAUGGCCUAAGACGCUUAAUUAUUGUAAAUAAAUAAUUUUUUAUCAUA